AUGGAGGAGCCCGGCAGCACGGGGCGCCUGACACGGUCGCAGGCCAAGAAGAGGCCUGCCAGCACGCCUCUGCGCAGCCCUAUGCUCACGGACAUCUUCCCAGCGGCUGCAGCACGCAAGCAGGCUCGCACCACCAGCAGGGCCGCCCCCACGCUGCGCUCUAUACGCAAGAGGGGCGGCAGCGGCGAUCCUGUGCAGCUAACGGGCCACCUGGGCCUGCUGCCGCAAGAGCUGCUGCAACAAGUGCUGGGCUACUGUGGACCGCGCGAGCUGGGCACGCUGGAGGCCACCUGCAGCUACUUCAUCAAGAGCGGCCUGACCGACCGCGUAGCCAAGCACUUCCUGCGCGACAUCCCGCGUGCCAAGGGCCUGAAGCCAGAGAUUAGCAAGGGAGAGUCGUAUGUGACGCUGCUCAACUUUGUGACAGGCCAGUCCAACGCGGCGGCGCAGGGCACCGCCAUUGCGCUGGGCACCUACCACACCGUGGGCCUGCUGUGCCAGCCGGAGCAGGCGGCGCCAGAGUAUGCCAUGUACGCCAUGGGACGCGGCUUCCACGGCCAGCUGGGCCUGGAGCAAUUUGACAACCAGGAACAGCCGCAGCGGGUGGGCGCUGUGGAGCGGGACGUCAAGGUUCCACUGUACCAGGGCGCGCCCGACGACAUACACCUCGCCGUCGUCAGCGCCGGCAGCAGCCACUCCGCCUCCAUCUCGCGCAGGGGCGAGCUGUACACGUGGGGCCUGGCCAGCAGCGGCGAGCUGGGGCACGGCGGGUGGACGCCCAUCGAGGUCAGCUGCCCCCGUAUGAUCACCUCGCUGCAGCGCACCCGCAUCGUCUCCGUCUCCUGCGGCGCCAACCACACGCUGGCCAUCUCUGAGACGGGGCAGCUGUGGUCCUGCGGCCGCGGACGGCACGGCCAGCUGGGCCAUGGCCACUUCCACGACGAGGGCCUGCUGAUGCUGGUAGACACCAUCCGCCACGAGCGCGUCGUGUCGGUGGCUGCAGGCCGCGCCCACUCGGUGGCGCUGGCCGCCGACGGCAAGAUCUUCACCUGGGGAGACGCCAGCAAGGGCCAGCUAGGGCACGCGCAGCUGGCGGCGGUGAUGCAGGGCCCCAACCCGCAGCCACUCUCCAUCCCCUUCCCCCAGGCCAUCCAGUCGCUGGAGCCGGCGCGGCUGAAGCCUCCGGCUCGCGUCACCGCCAUCGCCGCCGGCGGUGACCACUCGAUGGCGGUCACCGUGGCAGGGGCGCUGCUGGCCUUUGGCUCCAACAAGCAUGGGCAGGCACGUCUAGGCACCGGCGACACGCUGGACCGCAUGAUCCCCACGGAAGUGCCUCUGGCGCUGGAGAGCGAGGGCGGGCAGCUGGUGCGUGCGAUGCAGGUUCACUGCGGAGCGCAGCACACGCUGGCACUAGUGCAGGUGCAGGGGCACCACCAGGUGCGGUCGGUGGGAGGCAACAGCUACGGCGAGCUGGGCCUGGGAGACCGGCUGGAGCGCCACCGCUUCCACCCCAUCCCCGCCCUCAAGGGCAAGAGCAUCGUGUGUGUGUCGGUAGGGGACUGGCACAACGCCGCCAUCUGCCAGGACGGACGGCUGUAUGUGUGGGGCCGCGGAGACUGCGGGCAGCUGGGCCUGGGCGAUGACAGGAACCGGUGGGCUCCCAAGCAGCUGGGCGGCUUCACCAUCAUCCACCCCGACCGCACGCUGCGCCGCAACCGCAAGCCCGUGCUCAAGGCGCUGCUGCUGCAAGAGGACGCGACCAGCAGCCGCAGCCGCAGCCGGGCGCAAUGA